AUUUCAACUCGGAGAGAACAUAACCGGCACGUAUCUUUUGUCCCCUCCUAAAAUCUGGAGCGUAGUAUUUCAAGUACUAAUAUUUAUAAUACCGCUCUCGAAACUACUUUUAUCAGCAUAUAGUUACAUCAAAUACUCUCAUGCUGAACUACAUAAAUCCGGGAAAAUACAUAACGGCGAUAUACCUAAACAAGGUAUAAAUAGAGACCAUUCAAAUUUAGCCGUCAUAGUAAAGAGUUGUUGAACGUUAAACACCUUACGAUUUGUUGCGGAAAGUAGUCGGUGCAUCCUUAAAAAUAUUUUACAAAAACAAAAAAUGGUUGGUACUUCGAACGAAAAACGUAUCUUUGAACAACAUAAACCAACAAUUUGUUACAAUAAACCGCCUUCGGCACAAGUCCAUCCCGUGGUGUACGAAAACAAAAGGCUGGAAACGCUUUCAGGUGAAAUUGUCGAAACUCUGAUCGUACCAAAAUGCACCGCUCGCACAUGGACAAUGCGCGCUGGCGAUUUAUGUCGUAUUACUGUCUGUGAAGGAUCUCAGGUGGGUGAUAUGAAUUUCUGGAAUAUGGACAAUAUCAAGGAACACUUCUACUCGGGCAAAACACGUCAGUUGCAUAGUACACAUCUCAAAGUUUACGAUCGCUUGUGGAGUAAUUUCCCAUAUUUGCGUCCAAUGGCCACUUUCGUUUACGAUACACUAGCGGCUUAUGGCAUAGACGAGCAUGGUGGAGCUCUGCACGAUGUAGUUGGCACUCGUUGUGAUGAUUACACAUACAAAUUGAUUACCGGUAAUGAUCGUGUGGGCAGCUGUCAUAGUUCGCUAGCGAAAGCGGUGAUCCAUGAGCGUGGUAUGAAAGAGGAAGAUGUGCAUGACGUAUGGAAUAUUUUCAUGUGUACCGGUUUCACUAGGGUGCGUAAAUCGGAUACUCAACAGUAUUUCUGCAAACCCAGCCCAGCUCGUAAAGGAGAUUACAUUGAGUUUAUUGCCGAAAUUAAUCUAUUGAUCGCGCUAAGUGCCUGUCCACAGGGUGACGUUUCAGUAGUGGUCGGUGACGAAGUACCCGAUGAGAUAUGUCAUCCACUGAAAGUAGAGGUUUUUCGCAGAACAAAUAACAAGUUUUAGUGCAUUUUAUUAUUUUAUACAAUUAACAACUUAUUUUAAAACUUAUUUACUUAAUUUUGCAUUGGUAGAGAGAUUUUAAACAAUAAGAAUAUGAAUAUAUUGGUGAAUUAUUAGUUUAUAAAAUCAAUUUAUCAAAAUUAAUUGUCUUUUAUUAUAAAUAUUAAAUUAGUUAAAAUAAAUAAUAAAACCAUUGUCAAAAUAAUGAAUAUUACAUACUUUUUCAACAAAAUACUUUUGUCGUUUGACAGUUUUUGCAAAAAUUAUUGUUAAAUAUAUUUUUUUACUUUUUUCUCCGAAGCUAACCCCGUUUCUUUUAUUUAAUUUGAGACUAAUUAAAGUGAACUAAAAAUGAUUUCACAAUGAUAUUUUUUUGUUGCUACAGCAUAGAUUUUCAUUUCUGAAAAUCUCAUAUUACAAAACCAGUUUAAAGUUUGGUGAAUAAGAAUGUAAUAUGAGAGCUAUCCGAACAACGUAAGUACGAGGAAGCUUGGAUAUGUGAAUUCAAUAAUUAUACUAAAUGUGUAAUAACAAAUAAUUAGUUUUAUUAAUUACUUUACAAUUGCGUUUAGACAUUAGAAGAUAUCAUUUCACGGGACCUUCAAUUAACCUUUAAUUUUUUACUUUAAUAAUUGACUUACAUUAAUAAAAGACUAUAGGGUCUAUACAUUUAAUACAUAUUGGAAUUUAUAUACAUAUUGUAUGUAUAUAGUGUAUAGAAAUGGAACCGCUGCUAUUUGACUAUGGCGAAUGUUAAAAGCUAAGAGAAUACAAAAGUAAAAUAUUCAGAACCCAAGAAUGAUAGAAUACGUUCAUUCUUGUUCAGAACCAUAGUUUUAUGAAUUUAUUUUAGACACCCUUUUAACAUAUUUCAU